ACUAUUUGACUCGGUUAGAGGUGGGAAGCACACUUCAAGCGUUCAAGAGUUCAAAGAGUCCAAGGUUCAUGGAGGCAGACUCGACUUACAUCAUGCAUCGUAUUGCUCGUAAAACUUCCCCCAUGAGCACAUAUAUCCGUUGAAAUGGUCCUGACAGCAGCCAGAGCUAAAGAAGAGAAUCAUAUGCAUGAUCAUCCUUGGCUUGAUCACAGGCACGUAAUUUGGAGCCCCUGAGAUAAGCCAGGAGAAAAAGAAUAUAUCGUCAUGUCAUGAUAGUACCCUCUAAAAGCAUAUAAAACCAAAAAAAAAAGAAUAACUUCCUGAUCUAGACAGCUCAUCGAAGAAAACUCCAAUCUCUUCAUCGAAGAAAUUUCUGACGAGAUCACGGUGGUGGGAUCCCCGCAGUUGUGCCCUGUGGGGCACAUGGAAUAUUUUGGAAGAUAUUGUUGGAGAAAGGGGUGAUGCUUCACUGUGGUGCUUCUGACGAUGGUCCAUGAACGAACUCUUAAAUUUUGACAGCCUUAACCCCGAUCUUGGCAAGAACUAUUGCUCCUGCUUGAGCGAUCGACCGAUGGGAGACUUCAAGCAUUUGGUUCUGGUGAAGUUCAAGGAUGGCGUCGUAGUGGAGAAGCUGAUGGAAGGGAUGCAAAAUCUCGUUGCUGAAAUGGACACUGUUAAAUCAUUCGAAUGGGGACAGAAUGUGCUGAGCGAGGACAUGGUCACACAAGGCUUCACUCACAUGUUCUUGUUGACAUUUAGAAGCCCAAAUGACCUAGCAACUUAUGCCAACCAUCCCAGCCACCUCGAGUACGCAGAAAAAUUCACUGCAGCCAUCGAUAAGGUCUUGUUAUUUGAUUUUCCACCAAUUCUCGUCAAGCCUUCAGCUUGAAAGGAAAAAUAUUUGAAGAUGGGGUCAUGGUCAGGAAAGUCCGCAAUAGUUUAGCGUUCAUCCCAUGCGGCGUUCUCAUUUAACUGUGUUACGUAAUGAGCUAGUUUGGUGAUUCUGGUUUUGUUGUCAGGUGCUGUCCUUCGGCGAUUUUUUAUUUAAAACAAAAAAUUAGGUGGCUCUCAAACUUCUGUUCUCUCCUAAUCCUGCUAUUUAGAGCUAUUUUCUGAAUUUUAA